CCACAUGGAAGGGGCACGGAGCUCUUUCCCAAUAGGCACCGUCCCUGUGUUUUUAGUUUCUGAAGCACUGCAAGAUUGUAAUUUUCAACAUGUAGUUUAAAAUGAGAAUGUCCAAACACAUCAUUUCUAUUUCUAAGACUCCCAUCUUUCUCUGCACUCCAAAAAUGAAAAGCAGUUGCUACUUAGACUACAUACCAUUUAUAAUAAUCCACCAUUAUUUGGGAGAGGUCCCCAGAUUUUAGUGCUAUGCUGGGCAUGACACACAUUAGCUAUACCAAACAAAGUUUCAAAUUGCAAUGCAUUUGUCGUUUUCUAGAAGAUAAUUAGAGACGGUCGAAUAGAAACGAUUCACCAAUUUGUCAGCUACUAAUUGUGAGUCAACUCUCCAUCCUGCGGUAGCCCCAAUAAUAAUUCAAGAGAUCCCCAUAGUCUCUGGAAUUCAGUGCUUUAUCCAUGGCUCCUUCAACUCCAAGGUUAGUAGUGCCAAUUGACCUGAAGAAGAAGCCAUGGGAGCAGAAGCUACCUCUCCACAACCGUUGGCACCCCCAAAUUCCACCAGUUGAGGAAAUUAAGGCUGGCGAGAUCUUUAGAGUAGAGAUGGUAGACUGGACUGGAGGUGUUAUUAGGGAUGAUGAUUCUGCAUUAGAUGUAAAAUUCAUUGACCUCUCAACUGUUCAUUAUCUCAGUGGGCCUAUCAGAGUUCUGGAUGUGGAUGGAAUUCCGGCCAAGCCAGGAGACCUGCUUGCAGUCGAAAUAUGCAACUUGGGUCCUCUGCCUGGUGAUGAAUGGGGUUACACGGCAACAUUUGAUAGAGAAAACGGUGGCGGUUUUUUGACCGACCAUUUUCCUUGUGCAACCAAAGCUAUUUGGUAUUUCGAAGGAAUAUAUGCCUACUCUCCCCACAUACCAGGAGUGAGAUUUCCAGGUUUAACUCACCCUGGAAUAGUUGGAACUGCACCAUCAAUGGAACUUCUGAAUAUAUGGAAUGAGAGAGAGAGACAAGUGGAAGAAAAUGGUCUCCAGACUCUGAAACUAUGCGAGGUUCUGCAUUCCCGACCAUUGGCAAAUCUUCCAUCAACCAAAGGCUGCCAUCUUGGAAAGAUCCAAAAGGGAACUCCUGAAUGGGAAAGAAUUGCUAGAGAGGCUGCAAGGACUAUCCCAGGAAGGGAAAAUGGAGGAAACUGUGACAUCAAGAAUCUCAGUAGAGGUUCAAAAAUAUACCUUCCAGUAUUUGUAGAUGGAGCAAAUCUGAGUACAGGGGACAUGCACUUCUCCCAGGGGGACGGCGAAGUUUCUUUCUGUGGGGCAAUUGAGAUGAGUGGUUUCCUGGAACUCAAAUGUGAAAUCAUAAGAGGCGGAAUGAAAGAGUACCUUACACCAAUGGGACCCACUCCCCUUCACGUAAACCCUAUCUUCGAAAUAGGGCCUGUUGAACCCAGAUUCUCAGAAUGGCUGGUUUUUGAAGGCAUCAGUGUUGAUGAGAGUGGAAGACAGCACUACCUUGAUGCAAGUGUUGCUUACAAGCGAGCAGUGCUCAAUGCCAUUGACUAUCUCUCCAAAUUUGGCUACUCCAAAGAACAGAUGUAUCUACUGUUAUCAUGCUGUCCCUGUGAAGGAAGGAUUUCAGGAAUAGUGGACUCACCCAAUGCUGUUGCAACCCUUGCAAUCCCAACAGCCAUCUUUGACCAGGAUAUUCGUCCAAAAACCAAAGUGCCAGUUGGACCCCGGUUAGUGAGGAAACCAGAUGUUCUGAGAUGCACCUAUGAUGGAAAUUUGCCCACCACAAAGAACCCAGCUGCCACAAUGUAACUGCUAUCAAAGCGAGCUAAGUAGAAAGAGGAGGCCUAAUGGAACACAUAUUCUAUGGGCAGGACAUAAAAAUGUUGUAGGAGAACCUUUACCUUCUGGUGAGUAAAGGAAACCAAUUGCAUAAUGCCAGCUAAGUUAAUAAAUUUAGCAAAUGACGUUUCAUCAAUUAUAAAAUGUUCA